UAUAAGAAAAGAAAAGAAUCGAGAAUGCAAUCACGAUAGAUGUUUUGAUGUUUUGGCUAAAAUUAAUUAUAGUCGCAAGAUCGGUUCGCAUCCAAGUACCUAUCAACUUCUCAGCUUUAGGUAAGCUUAAAGAAAGGGAGUGACGUCAUUCGUGUCUCGAGGGACAUUCUGAACCUGAAUGCAGCAGCAUUGAGCGUAACUGGAGCAAAAGGCGGGCAUGACCUCGGGAGUUACGUAGGUACCUAGCCACUGUAGAUCUGUGGCUAGUGAAUGCUAUUGUGGCCGACCACAACCCCGCCCCCGCUGCCCCUCUUUGGAUAGCACCCCUCACCCAGACACUAUUUACCUACUUUUGUAACAAUGUUACAAUACACAUACACAAAUGCAGAUUAGUACCUAAAGCUACCCCUAUCUGCCAUCUACCAAUUGAUCUACUCCAUUGCUUCAUUGACCGCCCCUUCUUGUUUGCCUUAGGUAAUUCACAUAUAUAUUCCAUAAACUACUUUCAACAAACCUGUGGGUAUGUUCUUCUCCCCUCCCUUUUCUGUCUACAAUCAUCUUCCGAGACAUUGACAUUUUCUCGUCUAGCUACCUCCUUAACAUCUUAACCAACUAUAGCCAUGUCUGCCCCUGCGUUCCCCCCCGGCGGUACUCUCCUUCACACCUUCAAGAAGUCGUUUGUCGAUGUACCCGUUAACGCAGAAAACGACAAUGCCAUCUCUACUACCGAGUUCCUCGAAGCUGCCGAGUCCCUAACGACCAUGUUCGACGUCCUUGGAUCCGUUGCCUUCUCGCCCGUCAAGUCUGAUAUGUUGGGCAACGUUAAGAAAAUCCGGGAUCGUCAGCUUGCCGCUCCUACUGAAUCUGAGACCUUACAAGCUCUCUGCAUCAACGAGCUAAAGACGAAAAAGCACGUCGCCACGGAAGGUCUCGUAUGGCUAACACGAGGACUGGAAUUCACUUGCAUUGCACUAAGCCAGAACUUGGCUCAGGAAUCUGAAGAGCUCUCCGCUUCUUUUCGAAACGCAUACGGCACGACCCUCAAACCCCACCACGGACUUCUCAUCAAGCCCGUUUUCUCUGCUGCUAUGAGCGCCUGCCCCUACCGCAAGGAUUUCUACCCUAAGCUAGGGGAUGACCAGGAUAAGGUUUCCACCGAGUUGAGAACCUACUUGGCUGCUCUCGAGAACAUUGUCGGUAUACUUAAGGGUUUCUUGAGCCGCAAGGAGGCCAAGUGGUGAUCAACGAAGGAUAUGUAACGUGUUCUUCAAAGACUCGAAUACCAUAUUUCUCGACAGAGCUAGGAAAUGUAAUCUACCUGUAGUCCGUUCGGUUCUACAAGAUAUGGUCUGGUUUCGGACGUAAUCAAGAGAACAAAUGUCGAGUAUUUGGCACCGCUAGUAAACAUAAGUUGCAAUGCUCUUGGCUCCCAUGGUCUUUCCAUAAUAUAUCUUAGCCAUUGCCUUUUGUUGACCUUUUUUCUAUCCUCUUCGCUCAGUUCUACUGCCCCGUGAGGACCGUCUAGAAUUUUAGACGGGCCUAGGGUCAAUACAUAGAUAAGUACAUAGAUUAGGGGACGGUUGACCGAAUAGUCGACCCAAAAGUGAAUAACAGGUACCUAACCUACCUACUUAUGUGAGUG